GCACAUUGCUUAUAGCGGUACGCCCAGCUGGUCAUUGUUUAAUAACUUUUAAAUGUUUGAAAGUCAGUAACGUUUAACUAACCUACGCCGCUGGGACUCGGGGCGAGCACUGGGACUAAACCGCUCCAAUUGGCAAGCUCAUAAUUAAUUCAAAAUGCGUUUCGUACGCCGGGGAACUGUCCCCAAGAUCUUAGCAGGUUGCAUUGUUGUGGUUCUAAUGGUUACCCUUUACAUCUUAAAUGACGAGCGGGAACUGGAUAAAAACCUUAAGAUCGAAAUUAUCGAGCGCUCCAUACGAUCGGCGGUAAAUCAGGGAGAGUGCCGCCAUCCCCAUCUCCCCCUGGAGAAUCCGGACAUCAUGAAGUUCUACAAGCCGGUGCAGCGGAUCAACUGCGGCGAGGGAAUGGACUGGGUGAUGUGCGAGAAAUCCAUUUGCUUUGUACGCCCGGAGAUCGCGUCCAGCCACGAGGAUGUGACCUGCUCCUACACGGACAUCAUCCGCAAGUCGGACUACAAGGUGCGCUUCGGGCGGACCCUGCGCAUGAAGGAGCCCUAUGUCCUGCAGGCCAGCGACUUUGUCAAGGUGGCCUGCCGAUCAUCCAGCGGCGAGAGUUGGUUUGGCAUGGCACAUGGCAUACGGGAUACAGUGCCUCGUCCCCUGGCUGCCAAUUUCUCGCCCAACUUGGCUGUCCUACCGCCCGAGGCAGUCGCCCAGGCUCAGCAGCAAAUGCAGGAUGUCCCCACGGCCUCAUUUUACAAUGUUCUCAUGUUCGGCUUCGAUUCGUUGAGUCGCAACGCCUUCAUGCGUAAGCUGCCCAGAACCUACGAGUAUCUCACCAAACAACUGGGCGCAACCGUCCUCAAGGGCUACAAUAUCGUGGGGGAUGGUACUCCGCAGGCCUUGGUGCCCCUUCUUACGGGCUUCACCGAACUGGAGCUGCCGGAGACGAGGAAGCGGUUCUCCGGAGCGGGCAGCGUGGACUCGUAUCCCAUGAUUUGGCAGGACUUCGCCCGCCUGGGCUACAUGACCUCGUUUAACGAGGACCUGCCCAAUGUGGGUACCUUCACCUACCGCAUGACAGGGUUUGAGAACCAGCCAGUUGACCACUACCUGCGCACCUACUAUGUCCAGGCGGAGCACAUGGCCGCCGAGAGCCAGCCCAACUGCAUUGGCCACCAACCGGACCAUGUCACCAUGCUUGAAUACACCAAAAACUUUAUGCUGAAGUAUCGCGAUGCGCCGCGUUUUGUCUUCAGCUUCCAUGGCGGUUUGUCCCACGAUUCCAUCAACCUAGUGGGAGCAGCGGAUGAUGAUGUGCAUGACUGGCUGGUGGCGCUCAAGGAACGUUCGCUGCUAGACGACACAAUUCUGGUUAUGAUGGCCGACCAUGGCAAUCGAUUUGCCGAGGUGCGAGCCACUCUGCAGGGAAAACAGGAAGAGCGACUGCCAUUCUUUAGCUUCACGUUUCCCGAGUCGUUUAAGAAGCGCUUCCCGCAGAAGUACAAGAACUUUCUGGCCAACGAGCACCACCUGGCCACGCCGUUCGACAUACAUGCCACGCUGAAGCACAUUAUACAACUACAAACGGCAGCCGAUCAGUUGGAUGAGAUCAACGAUGUAAGAACUGAUCCCAGCCAGCCUGGCAUUCACAUUUCGGAACUGGCCCGGGGACGCGCCAUGUCGCUGUUGGAUCCCAUCUCGAAUAAUCGAUCCUGCGCGGAUGCCUACAUAGAGCCACAUUGGUGUGCCUGCCUGAACUGGCUGCCUUUGCAGUUAAACGACACCCGGAAUUCGGGCAUCGUCCUCAAAGCUGCCCAAAGCAUUGUCAAUGCCAUUAAUUUGGCCACCGUGGAGCAACGCCAGCACUGUGCUCCUUUGCAGCUUCUACGUGUCAAUUGGGCGCUACGCCUGCAACCGCACAAGGAGUUGCUGCAAUUCAAGACGAACAGCGACCGGGAUGGCUUCCUGGCGGACAUGACCGGUCAAACGCUGGUCCGGGAUGAGAUGUACCAACUGCAGGUGGUAACGUUGCCCGGCGAGGGACUGUUCGAGGCGAGCGUGGCUUACAGCCUUCACACAUUUAGUGCCACAACCAAACUCACGGAUAUUUCGCGUGUCAACAAGUACGGAAAUCAGGCCCGAUGCAUAUACGAUCGGGAUCCCGAACUGCGGAAGUACUGCUAUUGUCGCGACUAAUUAGCGCACAAAAAAAAACCUAGUCCAAAACAUAGAACUGCUAAGCAAUCAACUCGAAUAGAUUUUCGCACUGUUUUCAGUUUGGCGUUCUCGUAGCUUUUAAGGACUUUUUCCCCACUAGUUCCCAAAGAAUAUAGUCACUGUCUCUCUUAAGUUAAAAGAUCUGCCUCAGUUUGUAAUAUAUGUUCCUUUAAUCAACAAUAGUAUUCUGGUAAUAAAAAUACCUUUUGUAUGGAUGAUGAAAAUAAAAAA